AUGAGUGACAACUCGGACACAUACAUGAACAUGCAGGACCAUGGUCAACAAGUUGCUGAUCCCGUGGUGGUGCCGCAAACAACCACCACCAAUGAUGAGAAUACUAGUAAAAAUAAUUCUGUUGAUAGUAGCACCGUCACUACAACAACAAGCGAAGAGCAUGUCGGAAAUACAAGCAAGAACUCUUCUCUAGAUAACGAAGAAGAAGCAACAGCCGAUGUACAGCAACCUGAGAAUAGUGUGGAAACAACAACACAAGAGCAGGCACCUUCCAGUGACCAACCUGCUUCCGCUGCUUCUACUACAGAGGAUGCCGCACUAACUUCAACUUCCGGUUCAUCUGCACCAAGUGAAACCGUCGAAAAGGAAGAAGGAUUGGAUGAAAAGAAGAGACCUCGUGAAGAGGAAGCCAAAAAUGGCGAUGACGACAACAAUGAUGAUGACGGCGACGAUGAUGAUGAUGACGAUGAAGAUGAUGAUGAAGAUGACGAUGAAGCCCCAACAAAGAGACGUCGUCAAGAGAGGAAUAGGUUCUUGGAUAUCGAAGCCGAAGUUAGUGAUGAUGAAGAUGAAGAUGAAGACGAGGAGGAUUCAGAAUUGGUUCGGGAAGGUUUUAUCACACAUGGAGACGAUGAAGAUGACGAGUCGGGCGCUCCAGGUGCAAGAAGAGACGACAGGUUACACAGACAAUUAGAUCAAGAUUUGAAUAAGAGCUCAGAAGAAGACGCUCAAAAAUUAGCCAAAGAACUAAGGGAACGUUACGGUAGGAGCAGUUCAAAGCAAUAUCGUGCCGCUGCUCAAGAUGGUUAUGUUCCUCAGAGGUUUCUUCUACCAAGUGUUGAUACAGCUACCAUUUGGGGUGUACGUUGUAGGCCAGGUAAAGAAAAGGAAUUGGUUCGUAAAUUAUUGAAAAAAAAAUUCAAUUUGGAUAGAGCCAUGGGUAAAAAGAAACUAAAGAUUUUAUCCAUUUUCCAAAGGGACUAUUAUACAGGAAGAAUUUAUAUUGAAGCGCCAAAACAAUCUGUUAUUGAGAAGUUUUGUAAUGGUGUUCCAGAUAUUUACAUUUCUCAAAAACUGCUUAUCCCUGUUCAAGAAUUGCCUCUACUGUUAAAACCAAAUAAGUCUGAUGACGUUACCUUGGAAGAAGGAAGUUAUGUUCGUAUUAAAAGAGGUAUCUAUAAAGGCGAUCUAGCCAUGGUUGACCAAAUCAGUGAAAACAAUUUAGAAGUGAUGUUGAAAAUUGUUCCCCGUCUAGAUUAUGGUAAAUUCGAUGAAAUCGAUCCAACUACUCAACAACGUAAAUCUAGAAGACCAACAUUUGCUCAUAGGGCUCCACCGCAACUAUUUAAUCCAACGAUGGCUUUAAGAUUAGAUCAAGCUAAUCUUUACAAAAGAGAUGACCGUCAUUUUACCUACAAAAAUGAAGAUUAUAUCGAUGGUUAUUUAUAUAAGUCUUUCAGAAUCCAACACGUGGAAACUAAAAAUAUUCAACCAACUGUGGAAGAACUGGCAAGAUUCGGUUCUAAAGAAGGUGCUGUGGAUUUAACUUCAGUUUCACAAUCCAUCAAAAAGGCGCAAGCUGCAAAGGUCACUUUCCAACCUGGUGAUCGUAUUGAAGUUUUGAAUGGUGAACAGCGUGGCUCUAAAGGUAUUGUAACAAGAACUACUAAGGAUAUUGCCACUAUUAAACUAAAUGGGUUUACCACUCCUUUAGAAUUUCCUAUUUCUACUUUGAGAAAAAUCUUUGAACCUGGUGACCAUGUCACUGUUAUUAAUGGUGAGCAUCAAGGUGAUGCUGGUUUAGUUCUUAUGGUAGAGCAGGGUCAAGUGACCUUCAUGUCAACUCAAACAAGCAGAGAAGUUACCAUUACAGCAAAUAAUCUAUCCAAAUCUAUUGACACCACAGCCACAUCAAGCGAAUACGCACUACACGAUAUUGUAGAAUUAAGCGCUAAGAAUGUCGCAUGUAUUAUCCAGGCAGGUCAUGAUAUAUUCAAGGUCAUUGACGAAACCGGUAAAGUGUCUACAAUUACUAAAGGUUCUAUUUUGAGUAAAAUAAAUACAGCUCGUGCUCGGGUUGCCAGUGUUGAUGGGAAUGGUAAUGAAAUCAAAAUCGGUGAUACUAUAGUGGAAAAAGUAGGUUCGCGCAGAGAAGGUCAAGUCUUAUACAUUCAAACACAACAAAUCUUUGUAGUCUCAAAAAAGAUCAUUGAAAAUGCUGGUGUUUUUGUCGUUAAUCCCAGUAACGUUGAAGCUGUGGCAUCCAAGGAUAAUAUGCUAAGUAAUCAAAUGGAUUUGAGCAAAUUGAAUCCAGAAAUUGUUUCCAAAAUGGGACCACCUUCAUCCAAGACUCUCCAACAACCUAUUCAAUCUAGGAUGGGCCGUGAAGUGGCGCUUGGUAAAACGGUUAGAAUUCGUUCUGCCGGUUAUAAAGGACAACUAGGUAUUGUGAAAGACGUUAAUGGCGAUAAAGCCACAGUGGAAUUACAUUCUAAGAACAAACACAUCACAAUCGACAAGCAUAAGCUGACCUAUUAUAAUCGUGAAGGUGGUGAAGGUAUCACGUAUGAUGAACUAGUUAAUAGACGUGGUAGAGUUCCACAGGCAAGAAUGGGUCCAAGUUAUGUUAGUGCGCCCAGAAAUAUGGCUACCGGUGGUAUUACUGCGGGAGCUUCCGCAUCUACCGGUCUGAGCGGUGGUAUGACACCAGGAUGGAGUUCGUUCGAUGGUGGCAAAACACCAGCUGUAAAUACACAUGGUGGCUCAGGUGGUGGUGGUGUGUCCUCCUGGGGUGGCGCGUCUACUUGGGGUGGCCAAGGUAAUGGUGGUGCCUCCGCGUGGGGUGGUGCCAGCGGUGGUGCCUCUGCUUGGGGUGGUCAAGGUACAGGCGCUACGUCUACUUGGGGUGGUGCUUCAGCUUGGGGUAAUAAAUCAAGUUGGGGAGGUGCUUCCACUUGGGCUUCUGGCGGAGAAUCUAAUGGUGCUAUGUCUACUUGGGGUGGAACUGGUGACAGAUCGACUUAUGGUGGAGCUUCCACUUGGGGUGGUAACAAUAAGAACAAGAGUACAAGAGAUGGUGGAGCUUCUGCUUGGGGUAAUCAAGAUGGUGGCAACAGGUCCGCUUGGAACAAUCAAGGAAACAAGUCGAACUAUGGUGGUAAUAGUACAUGGGGAGGUCAUUGA